GGAAGUAGUAUUGACCAGAAUGUUUACAGAAACAGAAUUAUUUCAGGAAUGUUUACAAAGGGUGUUUGACAUCGAAUGAGCUCUUUUAAUCUAAUUAUGUUUCACAUAAAUGGCUCUUGAAGUAUUUUGAUACAGUUAAUCUUUAAAGAACAGAACAUACUAUCUGGAAUUAAGUGAACAGCUUAUUCUGCAACUUAUAUUUUCAAGUGAAUUAUACAAGACAAGACUGAAUCAUGGCUUCUGUGGACUUAAAUAUGUUUAUUUAUGUUUUUGUGACGUUAAUUUGUUUGUUUGACUUUGGAUUUACACAAGCAGUUAUUUCACAGUCAAUAGAUAUCACAAUGAAGGGAGCAAAUGUCACUAAGCAUGACGAAUAUUUAUGCAGUGGACAUCGAUUACCUGUAGGAGAUACAUACAUAGUCCAAUUUGAAGCAAUACAAGACAUUGGUCAAGCUCAUCAUAUUUUAUUAUUUGGAUGUUCAGAACCAGCUAAAAGUGAUCCUACAUGGCAUUGUGGCCAGAUUUGCAAGUCCACAGAACAAAUUUUAUUUGCUUGGGCAAAGAAUGCCCCACCACUUACUUUGCCUAAAGAUGUAGGAUUCCAUGUCUCAGGAAGUUCUAAUAUUAGAUAUAUAGUGGUACAAAUACAUUAUGCUAAGCCUCUUUUAAAAGGUGAUAAACCAGACCGUUCAGGGAUCAAAUUACAUGUUACAAAUCAGAAACAAUUUUUUGAAGCAGGGAUUUAUUUAUUGCUCUCAUAUAGUACAGUUAUAGGACCUCAACAGAAAAAAGUUCAUUCAGACAUUUCUUGUGAAUUUAAAUCGUCUGGUAAUAUUUACCCAUUUGGAUACAGAACACAUGCUCAUAGUUUAAGUCGAGUGAUCUCUGGUUACCAAGUAAACAGGACAACCAAUGGAUAUAACAUGAUUGGUAAAGGGAAUCCACAAUGGCCACAGUCAUUUUAUCCAGUUCAGAGUAAAGUGGUUAUAAAACCUGGUGACUAUUUGGUUGGACGAUGUACUUAUAAUUCAAUGUCAAGAAAUAGAAAUACAUAUAUUGGAUCUACUGCUGAUGAUGAAAUGUGUAACUUUUACAUAAUGUACUACACACCAGCUGGGACUAGAUUACAAUCUCGCACAUGUGCAGGAAACAACAUUCCAAACCUAAUCAAAAACCUCCCUGCUGGUUCAGAUGUUGAACUGCCACCUAAUCCUAAGCUAGAAGCUGUGGCCCAUUCUCACCAUGGUCACAUGGGUAGUCCUGAGGGUCACGAGGGACCAUCAACAACUACAACAACAACUACUACUACUACUACCACAACUCCAGUACCAACAGUAAAACAAGGAACCCACUACUUGGGCACGUCAUCAGAAUUUGGCAUACCAUUACCACAAGUUCAAGGUGUAUCAUUUGACAGUAUUGGACUGAUGGGACAAAUAGCUGGAGUAACCACUGAUAAACAGGGCAAUGUUUAUGUGUUCCAUAGGGCUGAGAGAGUUUGGGAUUUUAAUGCAUUUAAUUUUGACAAUACAAUUAACAACCAAGACAGACCCAUAUCUACUAAUACUAUCGUGAUAUAUAACAAAAAUGGCCAGAUCAUACGACAGCUUGGAAAAAACAUGUUUUUCAUGCCUCAUGGGAUAGAAGUAGACGAUAAUAACAACAUAUGGGUGACAGAUGUUGGACUUCAUCAGGUUUUAAGGAUACCAGCUGGUAAAGACACACCAGAUUUUGUCUUGGGUGAGAAAUUUGUACCAGGAUCAGACAUGACACAUUUCUGUAAACCCACUGAUGUUGUAGUGCUAAAGACAGGAGACUUCUUUGUCAGUGAUGGGUACUGCAAUGCAAGAGUUAUUAAAUUUGAUAAAGAUGGAAAAAUAAUAAAAACGUUUGGUACAAGGAACCUGGGACAACUUGGUGAAGAUGGUUAUCCUCUUCCUGGACAGUUUAAUGUUCCCCAUGGUAUGACCUUAGUAGAGGACAAACAAUGGAUAUGUGUAGCAGAUAGAGAAAAUGGCAGGAUUCAGUGCUUUGACUUAGAUGGAAACUUUCAGAGACAGUAUCAUCCUAAAGAGUUUGGAUCCAGGUUAUUUGCUGUGGAGUUCUGUCCCCUUCAUGGUGGCAUGUUGUUUGCUGUGAAUGGUCCUGCAGGUCCAAAUGGGGCACCAGUACAGGGUAUUAUUGUUGACAUGGAAACUGGCAAUACUCUAGAAACAUUCAACAAUCAACAGGGUUUACAGAAUCCACAUGAUGUAGCUGUUGAUUCUACUAAUAUGAGAGUUUAUGUUGUGGAAUUGAAUCCAAAUAAACUAUGGAAGUUUGACAUGAAUCCACUGUACACAAAAGCUGUUUCUUCAAGUACUACCUCAAGCUCCUCGUCCAGCUCAACAACAACAACCACAACAACGGCCACACCGACAACAACAACACCGAUCUUACCAGAGAAAAAAGUUUUACCCAAAAAAGAUGAUUUGAUGCCUGCAUUAAUCAUUGGUGGACUGCUGGUUAUACCUGUAAUCAUCAUAAUCAUCAUUAUCAUUAUUGUUAGAAUGAGAAAAGCAGAUAAGUUUCGCAGAAAUGAGGACAUCUUUUCUGUUUUAAAAGGCGAAUUAGCCACAACUAAAGGCCAAUACAAUUGUUGCAGACAAUAUAAGUCAAGAUCAAGGAAAAAAUUUAACCUUGGUAACUUCCUCAGUCCACACAAAGGAUUCGAUCGGCUAAGUAUGGAGGAAAGUGACACAGAAUUUGAUCCACUCAACGAUUCCGAGGAAGAAGAAUAUUCUGCCCCAAGAAAAGCAUAAUGAGAACUUACAGGAGCUUGACCUCCAGAUGACAUUCAUAGCUGUAUAUAGCUAACAUUCACAUAAUGAGAACUUACAGGAGCUUGACCUCCAGAUGACAUUCAUAGCUGUAUAUAGCUAACAUUCACAUAAUGAGAACUUACAGGAGCUUGACCUCCAGAUGACAUUCAUAGCUGUAUAUAGCUAACGUUCACAUAAUCAUUAUUUGCACUGCUAUUCUUUUCAAGGAAAACUAAUAAAACUAGUGUAUAGAUUAUUAGUAUAAUAGCUAAAGUUCUGUUUUAUAGUGACAAUGUUCUUUCAUGAAAUAUUGCCAGAAAUGCAAAAUUAUUAUCAAUGUCUAUAAAUUAGAAAUGCUUUGUGUAAAAAGCUAGUCCGUGCUGUUAUACUGCAUGGAUUUGUAAUCAUUAAUUAUUAAUAUUUUUAUAAACAUGUAUUUAUUAUCGAACUCUACACAAGAUGUCAAAGCUGCUACUAUCUUUAAUCUUUUCUACUAAAAUGGAUGCAAAUAUGCAAGUCUUAUAUUUGAAAAAUGAAAUAUGUUUUGAUUAUUAAUUUUAUAGAAUUUCCAAAACAUUUACCAGUGGCUUUCAUCUCAGGAUUCUAUUUAAUAAAUAGAAAUUUUAUUUGUAUAUAUUAUAAUAUGUAAGAGUUAAUUAUACAGUUGUAUUGAUAGUUUCAUCAAAUGGUGAUAAUUUUCUAGACUGUGUGCAAUAAUUAGUGAUAUACAUGAGUUCAAUACUUGUGCAAUGAAGUGCAAAUUUAGAAUGAAUAUUUGCUUCUUAAAUAUACAUUUGGAUAAAUAAAAGAAUAAAAGCUAAGUCUAAUGGAUGAUAUUUAAGCAAAUGGUCCUUUAUUUCUUAUGUUAAGUAUAUACAGAAGUCCAUUGAAGCCUGUAAUAGACAUCUGUUAUGAUAUGGUAUAUACUUAAAUAUUCGGAAUGAAAGUUUUAUUAUAUCAUUAUAGAAGAAACUUAUUGCUGAGAGGGCUGUUUUUGAGGAUUCUGGGGGAGGGGGGGAUCCACUUGUGCAUGAAAAGUACAUUAAACUCACAUGCAUCAAAAAGUAGACAAAUGAUAAAAAGACUAUUAGUUGAUGGUAUGACAACAUGCAGAUUUGGAUAUUUAUAAUCAGUAGAUAUAUAUUUUGAAAAAUAAUGCUUUUGUUUAUUCAAAAAGACAUUUGUUAUUGAUUGUUUUUUGAUGGGGUUCAUAUUACACAUGCUUUUUUUGUCUCGCCUUGACGGAGUCAAAAAGCGAGACAUAGGUAUGCUGUUUCCAGCGGUGGCGGCAACAAUGUAUUAGUUUGUGAUUAGGUCUAGUUUAUGGUGAACCACAAGUGGUAGGUCAAUCAUAUUUGGUAUGUAGUUGUAUUAGCAUAGGCACAUCUCAUUUCCAUGGAGAUUAUUUGGCCCUGCCCCUCAGUCAUGGUCUAUUGACUCUGAAACUUUUGCUUAUUUUACAUGUAUUAGUUUGUGAUUAGGUCAGUUCAAGGGGAACCAUUUAGAGUAGGCAAAUGUUAAUUGGUAUGCAGUUGUAUAAGCAUUAGCACAUCUCAUUACCAUUGAGAAUAUUUGGCCCCGCCCCCUCAGUCAUGGUCUAUUGACUUAGAAACUUUUGCUUAGUUUACAUGUAUUAGUUUGUGAUUAGAUCAGUUUAAGAUGAACUGCAAAUGUUAAGUCAAGGAUAUUUGGUAUACAAAUUUAUUGGCAUUUGCAAGUAUUGGUUCCAUGGAGAUUAUAUAGCCCCACCCCCUCUUCAUGGUUCAUUGACUUUGAAACUUUUAUAUAGUUUACAAGUUAAUGUUUGUGUUUAGGUUUGUUUAGAGGGAACGACUUAUAAUAAGUCAGUGAUAUUUGGUAUGCAGUUGUAUUAGCUUUGGCACAUCUCAUUUACAUGGAGAUUGUUUAGCCAUGUACCUCAGUCAUGGUUCAUUGACUUUGAAUAUUUGCAUAACUUAUGAAACAUGUUAAAGUAUUGCUGUUUUAAUUUCAACAUUUGCAUAAUCAAAAUUACAAAAGGGCGAGACAUAUCUCUGUGAUAACAGUUUAUUUUGUUCAGAGUCCAAAUUUUAGACAUGCAAUUGCUCUUCUAAAAACACAGGCAUUAAAAAUUUUGUAGAUAUUUAUUGUCACAAUAAUAUAAUGUUGUAACAUUGUCUGGAUUUUCCUCGUGAUCAUAAUCAAUAUAAUUUAUUCAUAUGUACAUAUCACAUGAUUUUGUUUUGUUCAGCAUUAUCAGGGUCAUAUAUGGUAUUCUGAAAGACAACUGAGUUAAAAUGCUGGACCUAAAUACUGUAGAAACAUUAAUUUUCGUGGGGUUAAAAUUUCGUGGUUUUGUCUCUUUAUAAGAUUUCAUGGGGAUUUAAUUUCGUGGUUUCCAGUAAAUGGAAGUGAUAUUAUAUGUAGGUUAAAUUUUCGUGGGGGUUUUAAUUUCGUGGAUAUAUUCUUUCCACGAAAUAAACGAAAUUAAAUCCUCCACGAAAAUUUCUGCUUUUACAGUAGAUAGAAACUUCUACCAUUUACUGUGAUAAAUUAUUGUAGAAUUAAUAUAACAUGGGAAAGGACUAAUUGUAGAGGAAAUAUGUUUUUGGUUUACUUAUACAUGUAUCAGCCUUCAAUGACUUUGAUUAUACCAGUCACGGUUGCAUAGGAUCUAUCAAACCCUUACAUAAACUAUACUAAAAAAAUUGUUUUUAAGUAAAAUUGAGAAUGGAAAUAGGGAAUGUGUCAAAGAGACAACAACCCAACCAUAGAGCAGACAACAUAUAUUAGUGUAUAUCAUAUGUCUUUUACAAUAUCACACACUGUAUCAACCGUCUGCCAAUGUCAUUCUUUAAGCAGAACUUAUAGGAAUAUAUUGGUUUACUAGGGUUUAUACAGGUGUGAUAUAGAAAAAGACAUAUAAUAUUCUCUAUAUAUUGAACAGUAGUAGAAGUUGUUUUAAAAAAUGAGAAACAAAAUUAGGUUAAACUCAACUGCUUAAUAUAAGAUCUCAGUUUUUGUGAAAAUUUUGGAUAAAAAUAUAUUAAAAUAAAUUAUUACAUUGGCUGCAAUGAAUUACAUUGAUUUCCCAGUGAAAUAAAAACCGAUAAUUUCACAUGUGAAAUAAACGUGGUUAUUUCACUCCUCUGACGUCAUACAACAAUAGGCGUUGUCAUGACGUCGGAUCAAAACAAAUUGUGAAUGCUUAGAAAAAGAUAUAGUUCCUUACAUAUUCUAGUUUAAUUUCAGAAAAAAGACCAUUUGCCAAUGUAAUAAAAAGAAUAACUAAUCAAAGAAUUCAAAUAUCGAAAAAUAUUCAACUCGUGACCGAACAACACUGAUAAUUAACUCAUGCGCUACGCGCAUUCGUGAAUUAAUGUGUUGUUCGGUCACUCGUUGAAUAUUUUUCUCUAUUUGAAUUCUUCGAUUAGUUAUUCUAUAAGCCUUUCCUGUUUUAAGAUAACAUAGGUAUUUAAUAGAUUUCAUUUUUUUUUCUUUCAUUAUUAAUUGAUAAGAAUAAUGUGAAUAUACCUGCUGCUAGUGAUAAUUCCAAUAAAUCUGAAUAGAAUUUGCUGACAAAGUUUUAAAUCAGGAACUGCAGUUUUCUUUAACAUAGCUAUCUAGUCAUUAGUCCACAUUUACAAUAUAGAGAAGACAUGUUUGUGUAUGUUUAACUUUUGUCACUUGUAAUCAAUUAUACACCUGAUUAAGCUAAAACUUUGUACUUCAGAUCAUUAGAGAAGUCUGACUAUCUGUUCAUAAUAAAAUGAAUUUGGUUAAAUUUAUACAGGGCUAUAUUUGUACCCCUGAUUCACCUAAAACUUUGUACUUCAGAUCAUUAGAGAAGUCUGACUAUCUGUUCAUAAUAAAAUGAAUUUGGUUAAAUUUAUACAGGGCUAUAUUUGUACCCCUGAUUCACCUAAAACUUUGUACUUCAGAUCAUUAGAGAAGUCUGACUAUCUGUUCAUUAUUAAUUGAAUUUGGUUAAGUUUAUUCAGGGCUAUAUUUGUACCCCUGAUUCACCUAAAACUUUGUACUUCAGAUCAUUAGAGAAGUCUGACUAUCUGUUCAUAAUAAAAUGAAUUUGGUUAAGUUUAUCAAGAUUUGUUUUGGUCUAACUAUGAAUUGAACUAAAGUUGUUUAAUUUGGUAUGCAGAUACAUCAAAUGAACUCAUUCUGUUUCCACCAAAAUACUUUGUGACAUAUCUCAUGUACACUAAUGAUUUUGUGGUAAUUAUCAACUGCCGUAAGAUAGGAAUGUUUUCAGAGAAAUAGGUCACUUUAACCUUUAUUUCAAAUUUUAGUGUAAACAUUACUGAAACAUUUUCCCUAUCAUUUGGGUGUGCCACAUACUAAUAUAAAUACUGAUUAUUAUACAAAGUCAAGGGUCAAUAAGUCCAUUAUUCUGUUCAAUAUCAUAUUUGUUUUAUGAACUGGACAUUUAGCAAGCAGCAAUGAAUUAAUUUAAAAAGUAUACUUCAAGUAUCACUUUGAUAUUUUAUUUUUGUUCCUGUAAAGAAAAUAAAUAUUACUUUGUUCAUGAACAUAUGAAAGGACAUUUCAGCUGAUAGUUUAAAUUUGGACAGAAAGAAAAAGAAAUUCACAUGGCAAUCUGCAUGUAGAAAGAAUAGAUUUGUAUUUUGAACAGAAAACGUUUUUGAAUAUAAGAAAUGGAAGGUAUGCAGUAAAUUAAUCCAUGAGGUAAAAUCCCUACAAGCUCUUGGCAUAAUCAAAUGCAAAAGGAACUGUUUUUAUUGUUAUUCUUCACGUCAAAGUUCCAGUGAGGUCUUCAACACGGAGAAAAAGCUCACCUCACUGGAAUUUUUUGUACACUUUAUGUAUAAAGCAUAGUAUUGAUAAUUUUAUUUCACAUUGCAGGCUAUAAUUGAACAGCAAGUCCUGUUUAAAUGAUUUUUUUUUUUAUCUAUUUGCUACUACUUCAAUAAUCUGAGAACAAAAGAAGUAUGUUAAUAAUUGAAAAUAUAGUAUUUUUAACAUGAAAUAGGCAGGAAGAAUUUAAAAAAAAAUAUAUUUACAAAAUUUAUGAACAAAAUUAGCAGUCUUUUGAACUAGCUUCAAUUCAUUUUUAUUCUCAAUCAGUAAACAUGAUCUCCUUCGAUGUAAAUCCAAAAUUAUUUGAACAAAAUUGAUCUGUUAACAGAUUGUAAGAAUUUUAUCUUUCCAAAGUUAGUGUGCCCCUCUUACUUCAAUGACAUGGACCACUAGUCCAGAUGAUUUUUUUAUGAUGGUCUAUUCUGUGAGGCUUAUUAAGAUAUCAGAGUAUUGAUACACAGUAUAAGUAUUACUAUGUACUUAAAAUAAAUCUGUGCGAUAUGAUUGUUGUUAAUGUACAAAUAAUAUGUAUGAAAUUGUAUAUAUUAUAUUUUUGUUAAGAAUUUGUUGUUAUUGUUGUAUAAAAUGUUAAGUUAUUUUUAUUUACAAUUUUGAGAUCAUCUUAUUUCAAUGAUCUUAGUAAAAGGAACUUGAAAGAUAAAGUUUUAUGUUGUCUUCUGAUAAAAAAAAAUAUCUCUUAAAGAUCUCAGAAAGAACUACUGAAAAUUCAGUUUUGAAUGCAUGAAUUUAUUAUUGCUAGCUGAUUUUCGCAGGUGACAACAACAUUAGAUUUAUUAAAGUUUUUGUGUGUUUUGAUGCUGGUUAUUACUAGCAUCAAAUUCAAGUUUCCAUUUUGCAACACUUUUUUGCUUCAAAAGAAAUUUCCAUUUAUUUCUGAAUUUUCAGUUUGUAUUUAAUUUUAGACAGUUUUCUAAUGUUAACCCCUUUCUGUUUAUAUUGAAAAUACCAAAUUACUUCAGAUACACUUUGAAACUGAUUAGUUUGUGAUCUUUGUCAUGUUAACAUUUUUUUGGAUAUUUGAUUUCCCUCCAAUAUUCAACUAAAUGUAUGAUUGCUAAGGGUUUUAUUUCCCCUGUGAUAAUAUUAUAUAUUUAUGUCUUGUAAACUGUGGAGAUAAUGUAAAAAAUAAAAAUGUCCAAAAUAG